AUGAAGUUCAUCAAACUGAAAAAGCUCAGUUUGCUUCAUGUUCAGUCCGAUAUUGUUCCAAACGAAGAGUUUUUUGAUAAUCUGUUCGACUAUGAAGUUUUGAGAACAGACACUGUGAUCGGAAAACGCUCGUUGCAACGAUCGGGACGGGGUCGUUUGCUCUAUAUCAAUGAAAAACCAUUUGAAGCCGACGAUGGAACUAGAGUAUCACCAAUGUUUUUUUUUUUACAAAAAGAGGAAAACGGGUGUAUUCGUGAAACGAUUGUCGAUAAUGGACGACAAAACCAACGAUUGAUAGUGAGAGACUUAGUCUGUAUUGACGAAGUUAUUGACAUCUUCUCUGACUCGAAUCUUCUCAAAAUGUAUUACAUAAAAUGCGUUGACGUGGACGGUGACAUAGACGUGACAUAUAUCAAAGAAGUGGAUUUCGAGAAUGCUUUAACAAUUCUUCGUGAAAUUCAUAACACACGACAAGAUGCUUCUGUGGUAGACAUCUCCAAAGAUCCCGAUUAUUUCUCCAGUAAUAUCCUUAUGCGUCUAUCUUCAAAUGCCCACGAGUUUAUGAACCAUAAGUCAGUAGAGUAUCGGACUGGGCUAACUACGAUCCUGAUGAUACUUGAAGAAUUAUUGUGUUUUGAAGCUAUAAAAGAGAUUAGUGUGUAUUGGGACACUCUUCCAAAUAUUCAAUGGUUUGAAGAGUGGUACAACAAAGCAAAAGUGCUCGAGAUAAACAAUAGAAAAAAGGAAAAACGUAUUCUUGUGUUAGGCCUUGGUAAUGUGUAUACAUCGACUCGCUAUAGCACAGCUAAAAAGUAUCGAAUUAAGAAGGAUGACGGCUUACUCUCUACAGUAACAGUUGGAUUGGUAAUUUCUAACGAAGACCUCUCAACUUUGGUGACAACAAAACUAUAUUCUUAA